GCAGCACGGAACCUUUAGCACAGCUGAACUGUUCAGAAUUUCAUAUCAAAAGCUUUUGCCACUUUUUUUCUGUAUUUCAAUUUUGAAAACAUUCCAGCAAUUGACAAUAUUUAGUCUUCUGAAUGAAAGAGAGAAUUGAUGGUUCCCUUAGUAGAAGAAAAACAGAAAAAGUGUCAUAGUGUUGGAAAGGCUUCGUGUGAAAUGGGUGCUGCAGUGGAAACAGAACGAGGAAACCUUUCCUAUGACAGCUUGCACCCCAGAUUUUUGAGGUAAGGAUUAUCCACUGCUUGUGGCAGCAUGCUUACUGCUCUCUAUGAAAUAAUAGCCAUACAUGAGAUCUCAUUUUGGAGAUUUCUCUGUUUCUCCUCAUCUUUCUGACAUUUGCUUGUAGCAUUUGUAGUCUGGGGAAGAUGCAGCAAUAUUAGAUUUAGUUUAACCUUAGUGGGGGAUCUUGUUCAGUCACAAAUAUAUUUAACCACAAAGAGAUGGGGGGGAGGAAACACUGGCUAUGCUGCUUUUAUCAAGCUUCUACCUGUGAGGCAUUUUAGCCGUAGUCCUAAAAGGUGGUGUGUUGUGCACAUCCUGACUGGAGAAACACUGUUCCUGUGGUUAUCCAUAGGGCACCAUUUCUGCUAACCCAUGUUCCAUUUUUGGUCUUCUUCAGUCCAUGUUUAAAAUUGACCUGCUGUGUGUUUCUGCGCAUCUGUGUUCUGCCGUUGCCCUGACUGCCAGCUCACCCCAGGCCAGGCUGUGCACAUGGAUUGUUGGCAGCACUUCCUCCCUCUCUAUCAGGCACAGGAAGGCAAUGAGUGCUCCCCCCCAGGUAACCUUGAGGUAGUUAACACACCCAGGAGCUGGGAGUUCUGUUCCUUCUCUUGUCCGACGGACAUUCAGACCUGCUUUGCCAAGAAGCUGCAGCCAGCAGAUAAGUGACUAUUCUUGGACCAGAGCAGUAUCUACACCUGUGAUUAAAAUUCUCUUCUGUGUUGUUUUUUUUUUUUUUUUUUCCCAAACAAAUGGUGGGACUAUCCUUAACAGCAGUCUCGAGAUUCAGCACAUCUCUGAUGGGAGCAGUAAGAGGCAAAGCGACAGUAUGGGGAAAGGCAUUGAGUCUGAAGUCCGAAUACCACUUCAUCUUAGCAGCAACUGAGAGUUCUUGCCAUCGUUUGCUUGAGAUGCCUGUAGGGAACUGCAGUAGCUGUGAGCUGGUGAGGGUUAAAUCCAUUGGAAGGCUGAGGAUGGAAAAGCUGGGGCUGAGCCGAGGAUGGCUGCAGGGAGCUGGAGCUGGUGAGAGGUCAGAGCUGAGCCCUGUGUGCUGGCAGAGCCCAGUUAACUGUUUGUGACCUUAAAUACAACUUCUCCCUACACAGGAAUGAACCUGGUGUUUAGGCUAGAAAUAGCAGAUCUCUUAUCCAUCCUGGUUACGACAGUGUUUCUGGAAGAAAUGAAUUGUGAAAUGCUCAGCUGAGGGUGAAGGGAACUGCUGCUGACUUUGAGCUGUACACAGGUGACUGCUGUGCUUGCAGAAAAAUGUAGUUUCAAGAGAUGUAAUGUGGGCAUCUCCAGUUCAGAGAGCCUUGGAUGUGUUGCUUUUUUCCUUCAGGCUUGCACUUACUGACGCCAUUCAAAUAAAGCAAAGGACUUCUGCUAAUAAAGCAAUGCAUCCUGUAACUAGGAAUGGGAGUGGGCUUUUGAGCUGUGCAGCAGAGUCACUGGGCAUCUGGGAUUUGCACUAGAAGUUCAUAAGUACACUCAGUUUUCUUGGUAUUGUCAAAAUCUAUUCUGUACUUCAUAAAAAGCAAGUAACAAUCACUGGAGAAUGAAGUGUUUACAUUUUUGGGUGACUGCGCUUUAGGAGCACUCCUUGGACGAUGACAGCUAAGAUGCUUCGUUUUGAGUUCCUGUUCUGUGACACUCAGACUGAGUCACUCUGCAUUUCCCUCUCCAAUCUUCAACUUCCCCUGGAGACGUUACUGCUCCUGCUUUGUGGUGCUGUUAAAGGGUGGGAGACACAAAAACUUCAAGUGUUGAGAAAACAUGCUUGCCACCUUGGUAGCUUGAAGUACACAAAGCAAUAAUCAGUCUCAAUGAUGCAGGGGUUCAUGUGUGUAGCUUUGGAGACAACUUCUAUACCAUUGCUUUAUGUUACAGUUUAUUUUCCUAAACUGUUACACCAGAAGAUCAGCACAAUAAAUGGUUGUUUAAUGUAACCCACAGAUUUUCGCUUGUGAAUUAAAUGGUGCUAAAGAUGCUAAGCCACCUUUAAGACUUACCCAUUGUUGAAAUGAUUCUUACUACUGAGAAAUAAGCAUUGUCCAUCUGAAGCUAUUAAGAACAGGUGUGUUAGAUUCAAGGCUGAAGCUUCAAAGUUAUUUAACCUCAGUCUGUUUGGGUUUUUGCCACAGAUAAGAAACUAAGCUGGUUCCCAGGCACUUCGUGUAUUUGAUGUGUACUGCUAUUUUUAAUCUGUUGGGCUGCAGGGUUCUGGUUGACGCACGGGACAAACUGGGAAUCCCUUGGCAGUACACGGAGAAUGAGAAGCACGGAAUGUUUUUGAUGGCUUUUGAAAACAAAGCUGGAAUGCCCAUCGAGCCUGCCACAUUCCAGCUGUACGUACCUGCACUGUGUGCCCUGUGGAGGGACUCAGGAAUCAAGGAAGCCUUCAGCCGUCGGAGCGAGUAUCAGCUGGGUGAAUCAGUGAAAUAUUUCCUGGAUAACCUGGAUCGGAUCGGUCAGCUGAAUUAUUUCCCCAGCAAACAAGAUAUUUUGUUGGCUAGAAAAGCUACCAAGGGAAUAGUAGAGCAUGAUUUCAUCAUUAAAAAAAUACCUUUCAAGAUGGUGGAUGUAGGUGGACAGCGAUCUCAGCGUCAAAAGUGGUUCCAGUGCUUUGAUGGAAUAACUUCAAUUUUGUUUAUGGUCUCCUCCAGUGAAUACGAUCAGGUUCUCAUGGAAGACAGACGCACAAACAGACUUGUGGAGUCCAUGAAUAUCUUUGAGACAAUAGUCAAUAACAAGCUUUUCUUUAAUGUUUCUAUUAUCCUGUUCCUCAACAAGAUGGAUCUUCUUGUAGAAAAGGUAAAGACUGUCAGCAUUAAGAAGUAUUUCUCGGACUUCAAGGGCGACCCUCACCGGCUAGAUGAUGUUCAACAUUAUCUGGUGCAGUGCUUUGACAGAAAGAGGAGAAACCGUAGUAAGCCGCUCUUCCAUCACUUCACCACUGCAAUAGACACUGAAAACAUCCGUUUUGUGUUUCAUGCUGUGAAGGACACCAUCCUUCAAGAGAAUCUGAAGGAUAUUAUGUUGCAGUGAAGGAGAGAAGUCCAUGUCCUGUUAAAAUUUGCUGGAGGGUUAGAUCAAAAUUUUUAUCCUUUCUUUAUGGCCCUUGCAUGUGGUGUAGGACCCAUGCUACUUACUUGGCUCAGGAAUGCUGUAAACUAGCCAGUCAAAACAGAGGAGCUAUAGGCCGAAGGAGUCAAAUGUUGAUGUUAGCUACUGAAUCAUUUGGACUAGAAACACUACUGAAACAUGGCUGUUGUGUAGGUUCUGUACCUAGUUUGGAAUGCUGAAUAACACAACCACCUUCUGCCUUCUUAGAAAACAAACAAAAAAAUCUCUGACAAAGCUUAUAUGGAAGACACUUUGUUUUAAAUGGAAAUACUUUUCAGAGACACUAGUCAUACAAUCUGCCUUUUUUUUUUUGUAGUUUGGAGGUGCUGAAAUGAUCAAACUAACCUAAAUGUAAUGAGAUUGGUAGCUGUAUUGGAGAAUGUUAAUGGAACUUCCAUUCUUAACACUAGGAGUGUAACCAGGUCUGGUGUGCAGUUUAGUUUUGCCACAGAACUGGAAUCUACUAAUUAAGGUGGAUGCACAGCUCUUGUCUGAAGGUUUUGCAUGAGUCUCCUGAAGCUUAAGUUUAAAACUGUUCAAGGAAACCCAUGUUGGAGUAAAUUGGAUGGAAAGUUAAGGCCUUGCUUAAGAAGGGCUUAUUUUGCACUACGUGUAAAAGGUAUUAUUACAUCAUGGGGAAUCUGAUUUCCUUGGUGAAGCAGCCUGUGCUAGAGCACCUGACCCUGUAUGUGCACAGCGGGUGCUUGAGUGAGAUGUACUUCAUGGAAAUCCAGCACUGCCCCCACACCUGCAGUUUGGCAGCAAUUGUGAAGGCUCAGGAUCACAUGACAGGGCCUCAUCUAUAUUUGAAAGUUUGAAAGCUGAUUAAACUCUUAUGCAAAGGUUUUGGUAGUACAGCAACUGUUUGAUUAGUUGCCAUCAGCUGACUGUAGAGGAAGACCGAACACCCUAGAGAUCCCAGUUUUACACCUGCACUGAUAUGCUUGGACAGCAAGACCUUGCUGUCAAAUUAGCCCUUAAUCUGUGUCUUAAUGGGAUCUUUAGCCAGUAGUAAUGCACAUGUAUUUCUGAGUACAGUCAAGGUUGGAGUUGCCCAUUUUGGGCAAUGGUUUGUGUAUAUUCAAGAGGCUAUGAAAAAUGUUGAUAUGAACUGUUAAUUUCUUAGCUCUCAAUCUGUGUAACUAUCAGGUGCCUUUUCUGUGUACAGACAUAUCAGAUCUUUUCUAUUACAGUGGGGUAUGUGAACAACCUUACGACCUGCCUUUUUAUCUGAGCACUGUCGUGCUAUUCUUUAGGUAACUUUCAAACAUAGUUUACUGUGCAAUUUUUGUCAUAGCUUUUAUCUGAGAAUAAAACCUGAAGGGCUGUUUGUACCCAUACAAAGGCAGCAGAUUCCCUGGAGUUCUUUUCCCCACUGAGACUGCAAUGGCAUGUCAAAACAAGCAACGUUUUACUUCAGCUGGUGAUCCCAUGGGAAAUGCGGUCUAAAGCACAUGAAAGGACAACGGAACAGGAUUUUAAUUUGGAUAAAAUCUGGAAUCUUUCUUCCCCUCUGAAGCCUGCAGAUGUUCGUAUCAGUGUGUUUGUGUGGUUUCCUACUGUAGCAAUCUCUGGGUUUUCUUUAUGCAGCUUCAGAGUGGAAGAGACAUGGCUGUGUCAGUGUUACGUAACGCAGGACUGAGGUAAGAAGCAGUGAGACAUUGCAGGCAGGAAAAUCCAAUUUGAAUCUCAGCAAACUUAACAGGAGUUAGCUUUCUUGUAACAAGUCUUAUUUUUGCCAGGACCAAGUCUGUCUUAUAGAUGUUUAUUCAUUUUUAGCCUCAAUGGGGGGAAAUGUCACGUGACAAAUAUUCAGAUGAAAGAAGCUCAAGGUUAUUACAUUUGAAAAGGUAAAUGUUGCAACCCUGGGCAAUGCAAGUAAGUUUACUUACUGUAUAAGGUUCAUUUCUCUAAGCUAGUCCAUUUGUUAGCUGAAAAGUGAGAUUGUUCCAACGCUUUCAGGCUUUUCUUGGAGUUCCUGAUAGUAGCUUCCACUUCACACGAGGCACUGGAAAAGAGGAGGCAGUUGUGGGCUGACCAACUUCCAGUUUGACUUGAUUUUAUUUCCUAGUUUGCUGUGACUUUAUUCUUUCACUACAUUUUCUAAUGGACUAAUAUUGUGCUUGUUUUCAAACGAGUUAAGCCUUUCAACUCUAUUUUUUUUUCCUCAAUAAUUACCUCAGCUUAAAGUCUCAAUCGACUGUAGCUUUACCUGGGAGGUGUAGCGUGGAAUUUUCUGUUCUGUUUUUUUCUCUUCGUGGUCAUCUAUGGCUUUAAAACUCUAAGCAGAGCUAAUAAUGCAACGUGUAUUUUAAUUAGUUUGAUCUGCACCUGGAAAGGAAAGAGCAUGAGUUAUCUCAUAAUGAGCUCUCAAACUUGCUAGUGUUUUGGGUUUUUUUUUGAGUGAUGUAGCAGUUUUGCACAAUAAGUCCGAGAUUUAGAGAAACAGGUUGUUCACCUCAUGCCCAUCAUUGCCUUUCCUCUGUCUGUUGAUAAAAUGAGCCUAAGCAUGAUUCUCUAGGGUGCAGAAAAAGAUGAGUAGUUUGGCUCUGUAGGCUGUUUUCUGUGCAACUUUGAUAGCUUUGGUUCACACCAGGAACCCAAGGACAGGAAGCUGCUGAUGCAGAAGUGCUUCACUUCUCAAAUCUGCAGAGGAUUUGGACUGUGAUUGAAAAGGAUUAUUUUUCAGGUGGCAGGUAAAUGUCUUUCUCUGCUAAAUUCUGACUCUACUUCUUGCACAACUUGAGGUAUUUUGUUUUUUUUUUCCCAAACUAAGCUGUAGUAUAAUAAAGCCAAAAAAAUCAUAUUAUGGUAAAUCAGUUAGUUAUUAAAGCAGAACUUGGGUGACUUAGGUUAUACAAACAUCUCAGGACAGCCUUGCUCAGUUGUUUGGUCCUUUUACAAGAGACAAAAAAUUAAGUGACAUCCGGGAGAAUGCUGCAGGUAAACACAGCUGGGGAGAACAUCUUUUUUGUUGUUAACUUUAUGAGGUUAUUGUUCAUUUGCUAGUCAGGAAAUAGGUCACAGGCAGGGUUGUAAUCAGAUGGGGACUUUGAACAACUCCUUAGAGGGGGAAAAAAAAACCCAUUAUUUUGCUGUUCCUCCUCUGACACUGCAGGUCAGUGACCAGUGAUGCAAAUGGGUCUUCUCUUGCAAGGACAAAGAGAGGAAGCACUUGCAUGUGCAUGCAGGAGAAACUUACGUAAUCUUGCAGUUUUAAGUAGAAAAACUAACUAAAUGGGAGUCUUCUUUCAAACACUACUUUGUCUUUGGUUUUGAGCUAAUGUAGUGCUUCAGUCAGUAUAAAUCCUUCCAUUGUAGUGCUGUCAUUUUCUGAACAGUUCUUAGGUGGCAAUACUAGACAGCAUAGUAAAUUGAGAUUAAAAAGGAAGAGUAGGAAUGACAUAUUUGAUAGGCAGUUAUCACUUCAAAGCAGUUAAAUAUUUCCUAAUCUUGAUUCUGAAGCUGAAGUUACUGGCCACUCAGCUUCAUGCUGCAACUCCUUUCAGUUUUAUAUGAAGAAUGUAUCUUGUUCAAUACAGCAGCAUAGAUUAUUUGAUGUGUUAGUAGUUGAAAACUGGAUAUAUUGCUGAGUCAGACCUAGAGCUAGUCACAUUACAAGCAUAAAGGAGUUCCUAAAGGUGUUCACUUGUGUAUGCUUUCUGAGUUGACUGAAGCCAGAGCCUCAGCCAGGCAGACUGGAGGAAUGUGCGCUAAUUCAGAACGAAACAAAAACACACCUGCAGUGGAGUGGUGUAGGAGGAGCUCAUCUGUUUGUGGCACUGAAGGCUUGAAUCUUAUUCCAGAGUCAUUGAAAUAGGUUUAGUUAUGGAAAACUGUCCAUUUGGAAUGCUCCCCACCCCAAGGUGUUCAGUACUGCUGGUAGUGUCAUCUGUAAAGAAUUACUGAAUUAAAGAAAUUAAAGGAACAGUCAAGUGGCAGACAACUAUUCUACACGGAAUGUCAUUUUAGUGAGCACGCCCUUUGCCUUCUUUAGACAGGUCUCUGGAUAUGAACUUCAUGUUUUGCAGUCUCUUCUCUGUAGGUACCUUUUCAGUUUUCCUGAAGAACUUGUUUUGCUGUACCAAACUAUGGGGAUUUUGUAAGAGACCCCUUCAAUUUUCAAGUAGUGAGUUUGAACAGCCGACUUAGCUUUGCAUGUGCUAUCAAACACUUCUGGGGUUGAUAGACAACUUGAUUCAUGCCAGCUUGAGACUAAAAUAAGAUAUGCAGUAUAAUUCCCUAUAGCUUGAAAUGUAAGCCAAACACUGACUUCCUAUCAUUAGACCUAUAGUGGCUCCUACAGGUUCAGUAGUAGCCUCUUUUCUAGAUGAUUUUUCUAGUAUAAAGACACACAGUGUAGUCAGGGGUUUUAAUAUAGCACUGCCAACUCUUUACCUCAGUACACACUUCGUUAAUUCUGCAACACAGGAAGCAGUGAGUAGGGUGCUUCAGCAGCAUCCUUAAAACGUAUCUGUGCCUACUUUAGUAAAUGAUGCACAUGGAGCAUCAGUUAUGGAACAGAAAUCUCAGGCUGGCACUGUCUGGGCCGCACUUGGGCUGAGUUAGUCCCGACUCCGUGCAUUUCUAGACGAGAACUGUCUAGCCUACUGAGGAAGUAAUUGGCAAGGCAAUACAAAACCUUGUGCUUUUUACUAUGACUUACUUUGUAAUUAGCUGGAGUGAUCUCUGCUUUGUGCUGUGAAGUGGGCACUUCUUUGUUUUGACACUAAUUUAUUUACAUGGAUGGAAAUGAGUAAACCCAGGCUACUUGGAGCUGAAACUGCUGUCUUCCUAACUAGGUGAUGCUCUUUGCUCAUCUUGGUGGUUGGGCAGUUUAGCUUGGUUCUUUCGAUUUUUGUCUUUCUAACUGCAUUUGGAAAGCAGUGCUGAAGUGUCUGUGUUGACAUGCUUGUCUUCUGAUUGGGUGGGGAGUAUGGAGGUAUAGAUUGUCAGUGCUGGUGCUUCUGUGCCUGGCUUGGCAAACUGUAUGACAACCUAGCUCUUGGCUUAUGUCCAAAGGUCAUAUCUUGUGUCUGAGAUGAAAACGAUCAUGGUCAGAGAGAAAAAGGGCAGCACUGACUUCCAAGGUAGGCGUUCUGGUAAAAAGCCAAAGUAUGUUGGAAGGGAGCAGGAGAGGAGAGCUAUUUCCUACACAGAUCCCAAAAGCUGAUGGUGCUUGAGGACUGAGUGUAUUGAAAAGAAAUGCCAUCUGUAUUGACCUCAAAAGCUUUGAGUGACUCCAGAGAGCUAUUGGCUGUGAAUUAAGGGCAGCAGGCUGGUGAGGCUGGCCCUGCUGCUGCUGCAUGGCCCUCCAUUGUAAAUCUCUUCAUCUGUUCCUAACUGGGUGCUAAAACUCAAUUCCUGAUAAAAUAUGAUUGCAGAUCUCUGGGCAGAGAGUGCAUCUCACUCUUUUCUAACAUCUUCUUAACCUUUCUUCAAGAUACUGGAGCAGGAGAAGUAUUUCAGGGGAAUGGCUAGAUAAGAUACUGUUUCCAUGAUUGGAGCAAAAUCUACAAUUGAUGGCAAGCCAAAUUUUUGUACGAGGAGGUCCUAAGGAAGAGAUUCUUAUGAGGGAAGGAACAGAUUUUUGAACAGUACUGCUUCUCUGCUCGUGCUUCUUGUCAGCCUUUUGUGCAGAGCUGGUGUGCAGGUGGGUAAGCACAGCAGCUGGGGGAAGACAGCAGGGACGUGGGGGGAGGGAUGUGGAAGAAGAAUGAUUUUUGAUGGUUCACAAGAUUUGGAAAGCGUGCUCAAUGGAUGAGGUUUGAAAACAUGUUUGAACUCCCACUCACACUGAAGCCAUUAACAGUCUUUAGGAUUAUGGGUGUUUUUCUGGUGUACAGGUUAUGUUAUCUGGGAUGUGAAAUGAGCUUGAAUUGAUGGUAAAUGUUGAGCAGUAUUUUUGGAGAUGCUACUUAACAAAAAUGCUAGUAUUUAUUGCUCUUGUGAUGAGUUGUCUUGUUCAUGGAACCAAUGUGUAUGAAAGCAAACUGACAAGUACCAAGUUAUCUUGUGACACAAUCACGUAGCUAGGAAGCCAAUUAACAUUACCUUUUAUUCUGCAAUUUACUUGCUCUGUGGUGCCUAUGCAUUGUAACACACAUACUAUGCAAUAUCAUUCUUUUUCUAAACCAGUUCACUACAUUGGGCAAGAAGGGCCUGAGUUUAGCCUUAAUUUUCUAACGAUUCACGGGAAAGUACUUUAGAAACAGUGACAAACAAAAAGAGGUUUAAAAAAUAAACCACAUAAAAUAAAAGCACAGUUCCAGACUGCUCACAUAAGUGUCUUUCUAGCACCAAAACAGCAUCCACAAUAGAGACAGCUAUUUGCUGUGAUAGUUUCAACUUACGAAAACUGUGUACUAGAUAAAAUUAUAUUGUGAUGUGUAAAAAGUGUAUUUUAUAGCUUUGGUGACUUAGUUUACUGUUUUGUAUAUAUGAAUUUUAUAAAUCUAUUAAAACUUGACUUGUUAUACUGUU